AUGCCUUCACUCCACUGGGAAAGAAUUUUGGUUGGAGUCACCUGUUGUGUAGUGACUGUGACCCUUUGGGCACGGUGUAUUUGGCAGCUCCUCAGGUUCAAAGCAGUUAAUUUUUUUGACUACAGUACUGAGACAGUGAACAUUUCUGAAAAAUAUAAAAACAUUACUUUUGAACAGAUUAUAGUGGGUAAAUAUGGCCACUCCAAAAAGGAAUGUUCACCUGAUACUGUGAAUGGUAAUGCUUCAACAGGAAUCCAGAUGUGCUCCAGAGAAAGGAAAAUUCCUACUUUAAAACCUCCCCAGAUUCUGAAUUGUAAUGAAAAUCUGGAUUCCUUAGCAUCACAGGUUGAAACUGUGAGCUCCAGGGAGGUUUCACUUAUUGCAAGUAACACUCAAAUUCAGCCAGACUGACUGACCAGACAGAACAUCACUGCUAUUGCAAACAUCGCAGUGCAGAUUAUGAAAAAGCCAAAUGUUUCAGAAGACUUUCAGGCAUCUGUGGCAGUAAUGGCUACAGUGAGUCAACUCUUGGAUGUCAACAAAACCGAACUCAUCCACAAUACUCUUGUCAGUGCCACAACCAGCCUCACAAAAGCAACAGAGGAAUUUUCUUUUACUGGUAACAUCUCAUAGCCCAAUGUUGCAAUUCAGUCUGCUCCAUUGAACUUAAGCUCCUCUAUGAUUCUGUUUCUAAUUGGUGCACAUACAGUGCUGGGAAAGUUUCAGUCAACAAAACUAGAAAUACAGGAAAAUGUUCCUGGGCUUAUUGGUGACCUCAGUACUGAAGUUCAGAUACUGUUCAACAUUUUAAGUAACAGUUCAUCAGACAGUGGCAGAGUUGGAUUUGUCCUGUACCAAAAUGGCAAAUUCUUCCAGUCCAGGGUUUAUCAGAGUCUCCACAGCUUGUGGAGACAAAAACGAGUCAUCUCUGGCAACAUUGAUGGUGGAGUAGAGAGUAGUGUUGAAAUAGCCUUCAGUCCCAAGGUAAACACACCUGUACUGCAGCUGUGUAAUUAUGACUGUAUCUUUUGGGAUUACAUUGUAAACUGCAGGUGCAAUCACACCACUAAUUUUUCUGUUCAGAUGGCAUUUCAGAUGAAAUAGAAAUAUGCAAAACCUUUGGAUUAUAUUUAUAUUGGUGUUGGAUUGUCCAUGGCUGGUUUGGUUAUUAGGAUUUUGUUUCAAAUAUUCACUAGGAAAACUCAAAAUUUAUCUGCGAAGUGAAUGUUAGUGAGUCUCUGCUUCUCUGUGCUCAAUGUUAACAUCAUCUUCAUCUCUGGAAUUGAAAACCAAACUUGCAGGAAGUGCAGUAGCAAUACCACCAGAUGCUAUCAGCAAUACCUUCCUUAUGAUGCUGCCAGUACCACCUUACUCACCUUUGACAUGGUAGAUCCUCCUGCAGACUCCUGGUGCCCAGCUGUGGCUGUCCUACUGCACUAUUUCUUGUUGGCAACAUUUCUGUGGUCAGCACUCAGUUCUGCACUGUUGUUUAGAGCCACGAAGCCACUGCCUGGACAUUUCCUCAUAUCCAUGUCAGUAAUCGGAUGGGAAAUCUCUUCCAUAGUAGUUGCAAUAACACUUGCAGCUACUGACAGAGAAGGAAAAGCUCUAAACUGCCAACAGGAAGAACUUUAAGUCAACAUAUUAUCACAACACUUUUGCUGGCUUGCAGCACUGGACCAAAAUCAGAAUUUCAGUGUGUAAAAGCCUACACUAGACUUUCUCUCGCCAGUUGCACUCAUAUUCCUUUUAAACAUCUUGAUCUUCAUGAGAAUCAGUAUCUCUGUGAUACAGAAGAAGAUUAAUUUGAUAAGGAAUAAAAAGGAUUCAUUAAUGAAAAACAUUAGCACUAUCUCUGUAGUGGUAGUGCUCAAGAUGACAUGGAUAAUUGGCUACCUCUUGUUAAUAAGUAGUGAAAAAAAAAGUCUUGCUUUCAGCUUUCUGUUUUACAUUUUGAAUGCUACCCAGGGACUCCAGAUUUGUAUUCUGUUCACUUUCAGAAUACCACUCUUCAGGAAAGAAGUUUCCAAAGUGUUUCUUGUUUUCCAGGUACCACUGCAUCUGCAUUCAAAAACAUAAAAUGUUUCAAAAUCACAGUCUUAAAAGCAUUCACAGGAAACUUUCAGAUCAACCCAGACAUUUUCAGACACUAUUUCCUUGUCUAUCUCCCCUAACCGGAACUAG